GUCCUUAGUUAGUUUUAAAAAAAUGUUUGUUUUCAAAAGUUAAAAUAAAAUUGUAUGCCUAUUGAUCUCCAAUGGCAUCAACCAACAUUAUAAAUUUCAUGGACAAUGAAAAUAAUUUGUUUAAGUAAAUCUCAUGCAGAAUGAAAAAUAAUUAUAAAUUUUAGAUAUUAAAAAAUGGGAACACUUUCUUAUCAGAGAUUUGUGGAAGAAGGAGAAGACCUAGUUAAAAAAAUGUCCAAAAAUGGAGAAAAAAACAUCUGCUAUGUGAACGGAGAUAGGGAAGAAGGAGGUUAUUUGAAGAUAGAACGACUUCUUGUUGUUUCUGCUUCAAAACAGGAGAAUAAAGAAAUACAUGAAGAUUCAGAAUGUUUUGAUGCUUCUGUUAUUGAGGAAGAUGAAAACUCAGUCGAGAUAAAUGGAAAGAGAGAAAAUAAAGAUUACCUGGGGGCUGAAUACCAAGUGCAUUACAGUGCUGCGUACUCAGUUCCUCUUUUUUUAGCACGCUUCUAUACAUCUUCCGGUCAAACUCUACCUUUAGACAAAGUAUAUAAGGAGCUGGGACUGAAGCUUGAUCGGUUCAGUUUAAACGAAAUAUCAGUCUCCCCUCAUCCUCUGGAGGACACCCCUUGGAUUCAGAUCCACCCCUGUAAAACCGGAAGUAUAAUGGCCCAAAUUAUGCUACAGAACGAGCUUGGAAAUUAUCUCAUUGGAUUUCUUAGUUUCUACGGUCAAAGUUUAGGACUCAUUCUCGAUCCUAAGCUGGCCAAAGUUUAGGACUUAUUCUUGAUCCUAAUUUCGCCAAAGUUUAGGUCUUAUUCUUGAUCCUAAGUUGGCCAAAGUUUAGGACUUAUUCUUGAUCCUAAGUUGGCCAAAGUUUAGUACUUAUUCUUGAUCCUAAGUUGGCCAAAGUUUAGUACUUAUUCUUGAUCCUAAGUUGGCCAAAGUUUAGGACUUAUUCUUGAUCCUAAGUUGGCCAAAGUUUAGGACUUAUUCAUGAUCCUAAGCUGGCUAAAGUUUAAACUUAUUCUUGAUCCUAAGCUGGCUAAAGUUUAAACUUAUUCUUGAUCCUAAGCUGGCCAAAGUUUACUUAUUCUUGAUCCUUAGUUGGCCAAAGUUUUGGACUUAUUCAUGAUCCUAAGUUGGCUAAAGUUUAAACUUAUUCAUGAUCCUAAGCUGGCUAAAGUUUUAACUUAUACUUGAUCCUAAGUUUGCUAAAGUUUAGAACUUGUACUUAAUCCUGCAGUGUACAGAUACAUGGCCAAUGGAUUUUCAAUUGAAAGAAAAAAGAGCAAAAUGGCAGACAAGAAAGAACCCAAGAAGAAGUUGCUAAGAGAGAAGUAAAGUAGAAGAAGAUUGAUAACGGCGGGGACAUGACCAGUUGUAUAAAAUCUAAUCCAGUACUGGAGGAUAUUUUCUCCUUAAUUUCGAGCCAAGAUCAACUAGAUUAACCAGAGGAAAUGUCCAGACUGAAGGACGUGCUUCCGGCAUGUUGCUGUGAGGGAGCAGAUGAUUCUCCCUGGUAUACCCAGCUGAGACCCGCCACUAACCCGGAGCAACUCAGGGAACCAUUCGAGAAGAGCAGACAAGAGUAAGUGGCUGGAGCAGAGCUUUAUCCUGGUGUGUAACUUAUUCUGUGCGUGGACAUGAUACUUUGACUGUAGGUUCAAUAGUAAUAAUAAUAAAAACUUAUCUGUGAUAUUAAUAAAGUUAUAAGUUAACUGCAGACCUGAUCUCGCAUAAAGGGACUGUCCUUGUAAUUCACUUCAAUUUAAAGAGAGACAUUCAUUAUUCACAGCAGUACCAUUUAAACCUAAAUCUGAUCAACAAGAUGGAAGAUAUCGUCAUUUUCUAGAGUUUUUAUUUUAACCUUACUAAAAAGUUAUCAUUUUUUAAGGGAGAAGAUGAGUCUCUCAUUCACUCUCAAUCAGGCAACGUAUUUAAGGGCACCGUUGUAAAUCGAACAUGCCAUCUUAUAAAUAAUACGUCCACAGUCCCUUAUGAGAUACAUUUUGUUUUUACAACAUGAUAAUUUCA